UUUGUUGAGAAUGUUGGAAUAUAUCAUCACAAAGGAGAAAUUGCAGCAAAUUAUUGUACAUUAUUUAAGCACGUAUGCAUACGGCUUCGCCACACCAGACGAUUUUUUAAAGAUUCUUAAUAGGGAAUUACAUCAAUCAGGUCAUGCACACCAUUAUAACGUAGCGGAAAUACUGCGCUUCUGGAUGUCGCAAAAACACUAUCCAAAAUUGCUUGCCCAACAGAAUAAUUAUGGCAUGUAUGAUUAUGGCAGUAAUAACAUGUCGACUAUAAAGAUAAAAUAUUACGGUACUAAAGGAAUCGAAUGGUCGAUACCUGUGACAUUCAUGAAAGAAACACAAUCUUCUUUCACGUCGAGUUCGUCUGUAUUUUGGCUGAAUAAUGAAUUGUCGUCAGAGAAUGUCGAUUUCCCAAAUACAUGUGACGCAAAAACAGAAGAAGAGUGCAUACUCAUAUGCAAUGCACAACAAUUCGGUGAGAACUGACCAUUUGUUUUAUUUGUUUGAUUUCAUCAUGGGAAUGUCGUUAGAU